AAGUGGACGCCUGAGAAUCUGCUGUGUGUGGAAAAGACGUUUGCCCAGAGAAGUCAUUUACAGUAAACUGGACAUCACUGCCACAGACAACAAUGCACUGUUUAAACUGACCUCACUGACCCUGAAACUCUGAUGCUUUCACGCUUGAUUCUUGGCCUGUGAUGCAGGUCUGGGUUUGUGUGGAAUCUGGAGGCUUGAGGUAACAAUGAUUUUAUGUGGAACAAUUACGUGAGGGCGAUCAUGUGUUAUUGAUAUGGUGUCUCAGCCUUUCUUUUCCUGUCUGGAAGCUCAAAAGCUCCACCCCGAAAGCGUGAAGCACAUUUUUCCUCACAGUGUGGACACAGAGCAUCGAGACCGCACCAGUGACGCCUGCUGCCGUCUGUGUGAGUGAAUAUUUUCUAGCAACGCAGCCGUUUUCGUCCUCACUGUCACGGUCAUGCCUUCUCAAGGUGUCCAGAUGCUGGGAGCGAUGCUGGGCGCCAUCGGGUGGCUGGGGACCAUCAUCAGCUGUCUCCUCCCCACGUGGAGGGUGACCGCGUUCAUCGACUCCAACAUCGUGACUGCCAUCGUGACCUGGGAAGGCCUGUGGAUGAGCUGUGUGGUCCAGAGCACGGGUCAGAGGCAGUGUAAGGUUUACAGCUCCAUGCUGGCGCUGCCCCAACACCUGCAGGCCGCCAGAGCCAUGGUGGUGGUCUCUGUGGUCGCGGGGGCGUUUGGAGUCCUUGUGGCCACGAUCGGAGGAAAAUGCACCAAUUGCCUGGAGGACAAGGUUGUCAAAGCCAAAGUCAGCAUCGCGUCCGGUGUGACCUUCAUAGCAUCCGCCUUGCUGAUCAUAAUCCCAGUGUCAUGGACUGCUCACUCCGUGAUCAGAGACUUUUAUAACCCCCUGAUGUUGGAUUCUCUGAAAAGGGAGCUCGGGGCUUCUCUGUUUAUCGGAUGGGUGUCUGGAGCGCUGCUGCUGCUGGGAGGGAGCCUGCUCUGCUGGAGUUGCCCUCCAAACCAUGACAGACCCUACAUGACCUCGAGGUUUGCUUCAAGCAUGAGCUAUGUGUGAGUGGUUUGGCUGCGACAGCAGAUCGAUGCUCUACGGAUCAACUAAAUGACGUGCAGUAUUGAGCACGAUGUAUGAGCACAUGUAUGAAACAACAAAACACAGAACCUCCAAUGAAAAUAUAGAUGAUUUACUGAUUUUGUGGUGG